AUCUCUACACAUUUUCACCCUUAUUUCCCUCUCAAUUCUCUCAAACAAACGCCAUCUUAAUCUCUCUCUAAACCCUAUUUCACGGCCCCCCAACCAGCUACUGCACCUCGUACACUGUUCCCUUCCGCCGGACGCUGCAUCUUUUCAACCAAACCGCCGCACCCAAACAGGGGGUAAGUGAGAAUCAUCACUUGGAAGUCACUGCCAUGGUGGUACUGGACGAGAAAGUUCCGUCCUCAUCAGAGGUUGAGGUAAUGAACAAAAGGCGCAAGAGGAAGAGACCAAAGAAAAAUCUUCCUUCAACAGGUGCGGAAGAAUCGGAACUUCAAAAUACAAUGAAAGGUGAAGAAGAAGAAGAAGGGAAAGGAGAUGGUGAAGGUAAUGUACCGGAGGAGAAAGCGAAAGAAGAGGAGAAGAUUAAGAAUAAAAAGAGACAGGCGAAAACGAAGAAGGGCGAGUUGGAGGGACAUGAAAGUACUGGUGAUGGUAAAGGAGAGGAUGGUGUGGAAGUAGAAGUGGAGAAGGACGGGGAGAAAAAGAACCAGAAAAAGAAGGUUAAGACUGGUGGUUCUGGAAUUAUGAGCACCGUUUCAUUUGAUUCCCUUGAAUUGUCGGAGAAAACUCUCCGGGCGAUUAAGGACAUGGGAUUUGAGCAUAUGACUCAGAUUCAAGAUAGAGCAAUUCCGCCUUUUCUGGCUGGCAAAGAUGUUCUUGGAGCUGCAAGGACUGGAUCAGGGAAAACCCUUGCCUUUCUUAUACCUGCUGUGGAGCUGCUACAUCGCAUCUGUUUUACUCCUCGUAAUGGAACUGGUGUUAUCAUUAUUUGCCCAACACGGGAGCUUGCAAUACAGACACAUGAAGUGGCGAACGAGCUUCUCAAAUAUCAUUCACAGACGCUUGGCAUUGUUACCGGUGGUUCUAGCAGACAAGCGGAGGCUAGUCAUAUCACUAAGGGGGUCAAUCUAUUAGUAGCAACCCCUGGUCGACUUCUUGACCAUCUUCAGCAUACUAAAAAUUUUGUGUUUAAGAAUUUGAAGUGUCUCAUAAUUGAUGAAGCCGACAGGAUAUUGGAAACUAAUUUUGAGGAAGAAAUGAAACAAAUUAUAAAGCUCCUACCAAAGAAUAGGCAGACUGCUUUGUUCUCAGCAACCCAAACGCAAAAGGUUGAAGAUCUUGUCCGCUUGUCUUUUCAGUCAACUCCUAUUUAUAUUGAUGUUGAUGAUGGGAGAACAAAGGUCACCAACGAAGGGUUGCAACAAGGUUAUUGUGUUGUGCCCAGUGCUAAAAGAUUCAUUGUUCUGUAUUCCUUUUUGAAGAGAAGUUUAUCUAAGAAAGUUAUGGUCUUCUUCUCAUCUUGCAACUCUGUCACAUUUCACGCGGACCUUCUUAGACACAUUAAGAUUGAUUGCAUGGAUAUUCAUGGAAAGCAAAAACAGCAGAAGAGAACUUCUACCUUCUUUGCCUUCAAUAAGGCUGAGACAGGGAUCCUACUAUGUACUGAUGUUGCUGCACGUGGACUUGACAUCCCCGCUGUUGAUUGGAUUGUGCAGUAUGAUCCUCCAGAUGAACCUAAGGAAUAUAUUCAUAGAGUUGGUCGGACAGCUCGAGGAGAAGGUAGCAAAGGAAAUGCACUACUAUUCUUGAUUCCUGAAGAGCUUCAAUUUCUUCGCUAUCUAAAGGCCGCAAAAGUUCCCGUUAAAGAGUAUGAGUUCAGUGAUAAAAAACUGGCCAAUGUGCAGUCUCACCUGGAGAAGCUGGUUGGCAGUAAUUACCAUUUGAACAAGGCGGCUAAAGAUGCUUACAGAUCCUAUUUAUUAGCCUACAAUUCACACUCUAUGAAAGACAUUUUCAAUGUCCACCGCCUUGAUCUGCAGGGUAUUGCUGCUUCGUUUUGCUUUUCCAAUCCUCCGAAGGUCAACCUUAACAUUGAAAGCAGUGCCUCAAAAUUCAGGAAGAAAACGCGUAAGGUAGAAGGGAGCAGGAAUAGAUUCAGUGAGAGCAAUCCUUAUGGGAGGAAGAAUGUGGAGGAUGAAAGACAAUUUGUAAGAUACUAGCUCAACUAACUUUUAGUUUUAGUUCCAUCCAUCAUAUAUAAUAUUAUAUUUGUGGAAUUCAGCAAUCUAUGGAAUGGGAACUCCGAACUUAUAGUCGAGAGUACAUAUUUAAUGUCAGUUGAGCUAUGUUCAUGUAGCCAUAGAGAUUCAUUUAUGAGGUGAUGUUCGUAAAAUAGUUUGGUACCAUGUGCGAUUUUGUAUCCUAGGUUUUGUGUAGCUCAGGGAAAAUUUUGAACGAGCCAAUUUGGAGAGUGACUCAUUCAUAGCUCGGGCUAUCGAGUUUUAUUUUUGAGAUUUUUUUUUUGGAAAAAUGUAUACCGCAUACGUACAUAAAUUUUGAAUGAGUUAUUCUAGAUA